AUGAGCGGCGGUCACUACGAAGCUCCUCGCAUUCCCACGCGUCAAGAGAUGGCUGACGCGAAGGUGCCGCUGCACUAUCGCGAUACGUGUGCAGGCUUGCUGAUACCUCUGAAUGAGUGCCGACGGGAGACGUUCUUUCUUCCGUGGAAGUGCCAGGACCUGCGCCAUGCCUACGAGAAGUGCCAGUACGAGGAGUGGAAGACUCGCGUGGAGCUGCUGAAGAACCAGCACUAG